AUGUUUUCUAAAAGAGUCAGUAGAGGGCUAAGAACCAAGAUCCUGCGCAUAGCCGAUUUUCGUGAAACUCAUGACGUAGGGAAAUAUCUUGAAGUAACUUUAAAUGGUAAGGGUCUUAGAAGAAAGGAUUAUCAAUACCUAAUGGAGCAGUUAUGUUUAAAACUCUCCAACUGGAAAACUAGUAACCUUUCUUUUACAUGCCAAUUAACAAUUACGAAGAGUGUGAUGCAGGCAGUUCCAAUCUACCCGAUGAUGACAUAUAUUCUUCCUAAAGGUUGUUUAAAUGAGAUUCAACAUAUUCAAAGUAAUUUUCUUUGGGGAGACACAAUGGAGAAGAUGAAGUAUCAUGAUGUUAGCUGGGAUAUGGUAACCAACCACAAAGAUGAGGGUGGUCUUGGACUAAGAAAAUUGGAGCAAAUGAACAAAGUAUGUUUCUCAAAACUGGCUUGA